AUGGUAUUUGUCUGUGUGUUUCUGUUUACAAUUUUCUUGGGACUCUUUUUGUUGAGAGAAAAGGCAGUAGUUGCAGCCACACCUGAAUUAGGACAUGGAAACAUAUUCAAGAUAUGGAAUUUCGAUGGCAACAUGGCAUAUCAAGACAUCAUCGAAGCAACACUAGACUUUGACUUCAGAUACUGCAUUGGAACUGGUGCUUACGGAAGCGUCUAUAGAGCAGUAUUGCCCACUAGAAAAGUUGUUGCAGUUAAAAAGCUUCACGGAUUUGAAGGAGUUAAUCCUUCUUUUGACUCCUCCUUUAGGAAUGAAGCCGAGGUUCUCUCACAGAUUCGCCAUCGCCAUAUUGUCAAGCUUUUUGGUUUUUGUCUGCACCAACGGAGCAUGUUUCUCAUCUACGACUACAUGGAAAGAGGAAGCCUCUUUAGCGUGUUGAAGUAUGAUGAUGAAGCCGUGGAGCUGAACUGGAAGAAGAGGGUAAAUGUGGUGAAGGGCAUUGCCAGUGCCCUAUCUUACAUGCAUCACGAUUGCAGCCCUCCUAUUCUACACAGAGACGUAUCGAGCAGCAACAUACUCUUGGAUUCAGAGUUUGAAGGCUGUUUAUCUGAUUUUGGGACAGCUAGAUUGUUGGAUCCAGAUUCUUCCAAUCAGACUCUACUUGUGGGAACUCGGGGCUACAUUGCACCAGAGUUGGCCUUCACAAUGGUUGUUACAGAAAAAUGUGAUGUGUACAGCUUUGGAGUUUUGGCAUUGGAAGUCAUGUUCGGAGAUCAUCCGGGGGAUUUCGUUUCCUCCAUGACGACGAUUAAAAGAUCCACACAGUUUGCUCAAAACAUGAUGGUGCAACAACUCUUGGACAAGAGGCUACCAUCUCCGGACGAAGAUGUAAGAUUGUCGAGGGAAGUGGUUGGAGUGGUGAAAACAGCAUUGAAAUGCAUCAGUUGUGAUCCAAAGCUGCGGCCGUAUAUGAAGGAGGUGUCUCAGGAACUCGCUAAGCACCCACCACGGUUGACAAUGCCAUUCCGCUCCGUAUCAGUGCUACAUCUCAUGCAUUCAGAUUGA